GCCCACAAUGAAUCUGGGAGAGUCUUAGCCGAAACGAGCUAAUGCCUCUAUGGGCGGAUUUAUUUGAUUUAUCGUGAUUUUUUUAAUCGCGUUUUCCCCAAACUUACAAAAACUAAAGUUUUCACAUCAUUACGGAUGAAGUUUAAUCAGCUCAAGUAGAUCUGACCUAUCUCCGAGUUUAGUUUGUCCGAUCGAUCGUAAUGUGGCUCAGAGGCUAAUCCUUGGACUUCAUUCAAUACGAAUUCACCUAAAAGCGCUUGGUUUGGGCGAGCGGACCUGUGUUAACAACUACAAACGAGAAUGACAGAGUACAAGUUGGUAGUUGUCGGAGCUGGUGGUGUUGGAAAAAGUGCCCUGACCAUCCAGCUCAUUCAAAAUCACUUUGUAGACGAGUAUGAUCCCACUAUCGAGGACUCGUACAGAAAGCAGGUCGUGAUCGAUGGGGAAACAUGUUUACUUGACAUACUGGACACCGCAGGUCAAGAAGAGUACAGUGCCAUGAGAGACCAAUAUAUGAGGACAGGAGAAGGCUUUCUUUGUGUAUUUGCCAUCAACAAUGUCAAGUCUUUUGAGGAUGUUCAUCUUUACAGGGAGCAGAUAAACCGUGUCAAAGACAGUGACAACGUCCCGAUGGUGCUGGUGGGCAAUAAAAGUGAUUUGGCUUCUCGUACCGUAGAGACGCGUCAAGCCCAAGAGCUCGCCAGAAGUUACGGAGUUCCAUUUGUCGAAACAUCGGCUAAGACAAGACAGGGAGUGGAAGAGGCGUUUUACUCUCUCGUGCGGGAGAUCAGAAAAUACAAGGAGACGAACCGCAGCAAUAAAAAGAGUAAAAAGCACACUCAAAGACGUUGCACGCUUUUAUAGCAAUACACACGCGUACAGCCUGGCACAGCACUCCUGUAAUAGCAAUGCACUCAAGAUCACACAUACACACACACACACUACUGUAGCAUCGCACAUGCAUACACACUUUGUUUUAUUGUCAGCCUGAAAUAUAGGAACCUAGCUGGCUGUGUGUGUUGUUUGUUUGUAUGUAUAUUGCAGGGUGGGUGAUUCAUUGAUUCUAAGCCUCAUUGAGAAUCGUCUGUCUGUGAAAUUGUUACGGAAGAAUCAUAUUUUGCCACAGUGACACAACAUUAUCCAGUAUAAUGCUAUGACCACUUGUAGCUAAAAAUUUGGCUGGAUAAAGUAGUCUAGUGAUUGUGUCACCAUUUUAUAAUCGUUCUUUUGUAACAUUGACCUUUCAUUUCUAAUUGAUUUAAAAAAUGGUGGCGGGAUAUACUUUAAGCCGGUAAUGGGUAACUGUAACUAAGUUAGCCUCGUUAUCCUCCCCAAACAUUUCAAAAAUCUUUCCAUUGUUUAUUUUGGAUUGUGGGAGGAGCAUUGCCUCAUGCAAAUUAGUAAAUGUGUGAGCCAAUCAGUCUGGUCUGUCUGACCACAUGGGCUUUUUUGGUGAUGGCCUGAAAACAAGGAAGCCGAGAAGUCCCCUGAAAUUUCUGAAACUCUGGGUAAGCCCAGUGAAAGUGUUUACCACAUUUCAAACCACUAACAUGUAUUCUAGUCCUCAGGAAAUGUGGCUAGCUCAUGUAUUGUGGGGUUAAUUUAGUAACUGAUCAGUAGGAUUUCUAGUACUCGGUAAAAUCUGCCAAGUUCCCAAAAGUGAUAAAUGAAGCCCACCUUUGCUUUUUUUAAAAAGUAUUUUAUGAUUUAGUCUUUUUUUAUAAUAAUGAAUAUUGAAUUGUUUAGUAACACUUAUCAGCAUUAUAUUUGGCAUUAACAUUUGAUGUAUUAUGAUGUGCAAAAUGCCAACUGUUCCUACCUGUGAUAAGGCAUUCAUGAACUGGGGGAGGGAGAGAGAUGUUUUUUAUUUAGAGAGAUAAUGGGUUUUGGCAAGGCUAAAUGUAUAAUCUGAACUUCUCAUUGAUACAUUCCUUUUGCCACAUUGAUGAUGAUGAUGAUACAACUGUAGUUAUAUGUUUUGUGAAUAAAGAGACUUUUGGCUAAA